AUCCAUCCAUCCAUUCAUCCAUCUCAUCUCAUAACAUCAGAUCAAUAAUCAACAUCAUCACCCCCCAAGAAUCUCAAAAUGCAGCUCCUUCAAACCAUCAUCAGCAUCGCUGCAUUCAGCACCCUCGCAUCCGCAACCCUCAAACCAGCCACCUCAAACACAAAGGGCUUCUACCCUAAAUCCCCAGCUUGCAAAGGUAAGACUCCCUUCUCCCUCCCCUAAUCUCCUUACUAACACACCCCCCCACAGCAAGCAAAGUAUCCUACGCCAUCCAAGCCGCCGAAUGCGCACACAACACCCGAGUCUCCGGCACACAAACCUUCGCCGUCUUCGAACAAGUCCACAAAUAUGACAGCGCUCACGGUGCUCCCUAUGGAACUUGUUCCGCAUAUACCUGUACCGCGCCUACAAAGUCCCAGUUGACGGCUGAGUCUGAUUACUGGGUGUUUUACUGGGGUAAUCAGGGUACUAGUUCUGGUGUGGGCUCGACUUGUAUUAAGAGUCCUGUGGAUGGUACUUGUGGGUGUGAGGAUUCAGGUGGCACGUUUGUCUACAAGGGGACUUCUUGUAAAUAGAGGGGUGGAGUUGGAGUUGAAGUUUGGAUGUGGAAGUGAGAAGUUGUGGGAUUGGUGAUUAGAUGAUGGAUGAGUAAGGUUUAAAUUGUAUAUAUCUUUUGAUUCAUUAGCAGUUAAUAGAUUCUUGCUGCUUACCUAUCUGACUCCUCUUUUUCUUUCCUUUUCGAUCUUCAUCAUUUGCAUCAAUAACCUUCUAUUUACUCUCCUGUGUUGUUUCCUUUAUAUUAAAUGGUGUGUGUCAAUCAAAGUUGAUGUCUCA